CUACCACUUCCGACCAAGAUGAAGCUCCUCUAUCCAACUUCACUCGAGCUCGAUGUGGACUCUUUCAAGGGGUUCGCUACCACGUACCACGCCUACAAUGUCAAAGAACUCAUUCCAGAGGAUCUCAUUGAUGCGGAAAUCCUCAUCACCUGGACAAACACUGCUGAAAACCUCAAAGAUGCAGCAUCGCGGAUGAAGAACAUCAAAUGGAUCCAAUCGCUCGCUGCUGGGCCAAAUGACGUCUUCAGCGCUGGGUUUUCCAAGUCCAUCACGGUGACCACCGGUUCCAGCCUACACGACUACACUGUAGCCGAGCAUACGCUGGCUCUGCUACUGAACGCCGCAAGACGCUUCUUCGAAAUGCGUGACUUUCAAGUACAAGCGAAAUGGCCUCAGCACCUGGGAGGGCCCCAGCCGGACCGACCUAAGGGGAAGUUUACCAGCUUGCGAGGCGCGAAUGUGCUCAUCUGGGGAUUUGGAAACAUCGCCAAGACUUUGACGCCACAUCUGGUCAGCUUGGGUUCAACUGUGACUGGUGUAGCUCGCUCCGCUGGCAUCAGAAAUGGGGUGCAGGUCAUCGAUGAGACACAGCUUGACGAGCAACUGCGAAAGACUGACGCGUUAGUCAUGAUCCUGCCAGGAAGCGACAGCACCAUGAACGUGUUGAACAAGGAGCGCUUAGCAUUACUGCCAAAUCACGCGUGGGUAGUGAACGUCGGUCGUGGCACCAGCAUCGAUGAGGAGGCUCUCGCCGAUGCCCUGGAGUCUGGGCAGAUCGGCGGCGCGGCUCUGGACGUGUUCGUAAAGGAGCCCUUACAACAGGAGUCGAGGCUGUGGAAGACUCCCAACACGAUUAUUAGUCCCCAUGCUGCCGGUGGACGACCCCAAGGUAGUGAAGGCCUGAUUGCCGAGAACUUGCGAAGAUUCAUGGCUGGUCAGGAACUGAAGAAUGUCGCCUGACAAUCAUCACUGGGAGAGCAGAGCCGUGCGAGGCUCUGAGUCCCCAGAUCAUCACCAUUCGUAAAUCUUGCGCGAAAUGGCCCGCUCCGGAUACACUGCACGAAAUGGCCGCUCACAAUACCACUUCACUUUUUGAGACCUCCCAGACUCCGACUACUUGCUCGAAAGUCGUUGUAGCAUGCCAACAACCCCUACAAUAUGUCGCUCGAUAUCUGGCUCCGGUCUCGCACCCUCACGACAGAUAAGUACCAAAUAUCCACAUGUCAGAAAGCAUCUCUCGGACACCUGGGUUAGCAUGAUAUAUAACGAUCUAUCAUAUAUGCUAGUUCCUGGGAUCAUCUCAGGAUGGGCUACACAAACCCGAGCUUUUUUGUAGCUAUAUAGUCUGGCAAUCAGAUCAUACUGGCUUGCACUAAAAAAUCUCGCCUCAGAGUCUAUAUUAUAUCUGAUCUGAUGCAUCCAACCCAGCACAAGAGAAAGAGAGUGACAUGUCCGGAGUUCUCUCCUUCGCGUCAUUCUCGAAGAAGCAACACCAAUUUGACGCCAAGAAACCUCGCUACCGGCACCUGGUACAUUUUUUGCAGGGAAGUGAAGCUUAUAAGAUUACAUGUCAUGGGCGCCGCUAUUUGCCGAACAUGGACAGGCCAUUAUUGUCAAACACUAGACACUCCAUUCUAGCCAUGCUUCCGUUUCUCUUCACGCCUAAGGAACACGAAUACGCGGUUCUUUGCGGCUUUCGCUUUCGCUUGAGAAGGAUGCACAGGGAGGGAAUUUCGCCAACAACCACAACCAUAACAACCACACUCUCAACGAUACCCACCACAGCGGCAGCACUCACC